AUGGGGACCCCUGCCCGGCCGCCGGCCUGGCUCUGUGACGGCCUCUGCCUCUGGCUGGAGCACAGCUUCCCGGCCCCCCCCCGGGCUCCAGGCUUCUUCACAUGGACAAGUACAGCGCACCCCUCUGGGGGAUCUGCCUCCCCCCGACCUGAUGAUGCCGACACGGAAGGGGGUACCUCCACUGUGGCCAGCCCCCAGGGGCUGCAGACACGCACCCGGGCCCUGGCUGCAGACACGCACCCGGGCCCUCGCUGGCGGCACCAUGGACAGCAGCCGCCGGGGACCCUCCCAGUGCCUGCGCUGCCUGGGCAGGCUCCACAGCCCGGGGGUCAGGCGGACCCCAAUAUGGAACCCCUUGUCCACACCAGCCGGUUCCCACCGCAUCUGGCGAGCAAGCCUGGUGCUGGGUCUGUGGUCACGGGCUGCUGCGGCACCAAUCGCUGGCCUCUGUGCCUCCCCUCAAGGCCCUCCAGGGUGACCCGUCCCCUGGAGGCAGGGCGUGGGUGUUUCUGGUGGGUCCCUGGCCGCCAGCAGCAGGGGCCACCUCCAGGCCCAGAGUUCUGCAGGGACGGGCUGGGGCGUGGGGAGGGCAGGUGGCCAGUGGGCCCCUCGGCCGAGGUGUGGGGAGAGCCGCGCCCGCGGGGCCUGGGCUCACUCCGGGGCCAGCUGCUGCUGCCCAGGGGCUCAGGCGGGCCGCUCUUCGCAGGCUCCUGGGUGGAGCUGCACUUCAGCAGCAACGGCGGUGCGCCGGCCUCCGUGUCCAUCUACAACGGGGACAUGGAGAAGAUCCUGCUGGACGCACAGCACGAGUCGGGCAGGAGCAGCUCCAAGAGCUCGCACUGCGGCAGCCCGCCGCGGUCCCAGACCCCGCAGGAUGCCAGCCGGACCUCUGAGGCGGACGCCCACAGCCUGGGGGAGAAGAACAGCUCCCAGGUGAGCGGGGCGCUGUCCACGCCGGCCGCGCCUGUGUGAGGGACGCCCGCGGAGGCACCCCGACU